CGAUCUUGUUCCGGACGUGAGACCUCCCCGUAGCGGCUCCCGCUGGCCAAAUAGGGAAGCGGACUGCCAGCAAUCGCCGAGCUUCGCUCCUUAGAGGGCCCACCCUGGAUCUCUCUGCCAUAUUUUUGGGGAUUCGGAGGAUGCCUGCUGCGACUGGACGGGCAGACUUUUGAGUGUUUUGGUCCGAUUCCCUCCCUGUAAAGAAGCGAACAACUUUUGCCAAGCAGGAUGAAUCCCAGCGAAGGUGCGGCGCCACUGGAGAAAUACAAGCUGGUAGUGGUCGGUGGAGGCGGCGUGGGCAAGAGCGCCCUAACUAUUCAAUUCAUCCAGUCUUACUUUGUUUCUGACUAUGACCCCACAAUUGAGGACUCCUACACAAAAGUCUGCAAUAUUGAUGGUAUCUCAACCCGACUGGACAUUUUGGACACUGCUGGUCAAGAAGAGUUUGGAGCUAUGCGGGAACAAUACAUGCGUACAGGAGAAGGUUUCCUCCUUGUUUAUGCUGUCAAUGACCGGGGCAGUUUCAAUGAAAUCCACAAAUUCCACACUCAGAUACUUCGAGUGAAAGACCGUGAUGAGUUCCCUAUGGUCCUUGUUGGCAAUAAGACUGAUCUGGAUCAUUAUCGACAAGUAACUGAAGAGGAGGCCCGUUACUUUGCUCGGGAGAACCGAAUCCCCUACAUGGAAGCGUCUGCAAAGGUCCGAUUCAAUGUGGAUGAGUCUUUCUAUGAGCUGGUCCGUGCCAUCAGGAGGUUUCAUGAAUUGGAAUCUCCCCCUGCCCCGGCCUUUCACCCUAAAAAGAAGGAUCGCAAAAGCUGUCCUUGUUCCCUUCUGUAAACUGCCAUCCCACAUGAAGCCACACAGCCUGGAAGAGGAAGAGGAGAGGCUGAGAGUCCUUCCAACCAAGAAGACAGAGCAGGAUUUUCCUCCAUCUCUCCUACUACAAUUAGGGCUGACACUGUGUAUUUUUUUAGCUACACAAAUGUAUUACCAUUUUUCUCUCAUUGCACAGGAGUCUGUAAACUGAGAAGAAAGCAGGGAUUCGACAAGUUCUUCUCUUCAGACAUAUCCUGAAUCUAUGGGAUAUGCAUUCAGAUUUGUUUGCUACUUUGCCUUCUUCCAUGGAAAUCACUUUAAAGGUGCUUUUUGCCAAGGGGCAGAAAAUUUAUUCAUUUGGAUAAAAGUGGCACAGGAUUGUAAAUUUCAGUGGCAGUCUACUGAUACAGUGAGUUAAAGAAUAGGAAUCAGUUGCAAAGGAUCAUUUAUUUCACUGCAGCUAAGGGCAAGCUUUUGCACAUACACAGUUAUCUACAUAUUGAAAGACAUGGUACAAAUGCAUUUUAAAAGGUACUAUCAUUUUUCUAUUCCUUUUUUAAAAAAAACACUACAAUUUACAGACAUAAGCCACACAUGGGCCAAACAGCAAGGGAAGCAGCUGCAGACACAAUUAUACUGUCUUGUCAGUUGCCAGUAUUGACUUUUUUGUUCCUAAAGCAGGGCUAAAAAGAAACACACUUCAUAGCAGUGUUUUUCCAAACUUAACAACUUUAAGAUGUGAAGACUUCAAUUUCCAGAAUGUGUGGAUCUCAACUCCAGCAAGAAGUCCCCAGCCAGCAGCUGAAGUCUUCAAGUUGCCAAGUUUGAAAAACAAUGCUUUACAGUAAGGAAAUGUGUAAAGUUGGAGGGAAGUGGGGGAGCUAGCCAACUCUUUGAUAUUUUAACAGAAGAUUGUGAUGGCUGUCACAAUAUCAUUGCCAUAUUGUGAGAGUCACCUAAUCACAAAGCAGUUACUGUGAUAGGUAUGAUCAAUUACAAAAUACAGCAUUGUUUAGCAACCACAAUUUAUUGCAGGGAAAUGGUACCGCUGAGCAAAAUGAUGACUAAAUGAACCACAUGACAUAGAGAAAUGCUGCACAGAUCACUCAUUCUAUUUCAUUCAGAAAAAAAGUUUUCACAUAUGGCACUGCCAGGGUUACUCUCCAGGGUGUAUCGUUGUCAGUGCAGAAAUUAGGUCAUAUGUGUACACAUUGGUCAGAAACCGGCUUUUUUUUACUACUAACUACUACUGUCGUAUUUGUGAGCAGCCAUUAACUGCAGUAGUCGCUAAACAAGAACUGGCUGUUUCCAUCAGGCCAAUAAAUGGUGAUGCUUCCUGCAGAACCAUUUACUAGGCUCUCAAUGUUCUACCACCCUAGCUUACAUUUUAAGAUGGUGAAGGUUCGAAACCUGAAAUGCAUGCUAGAAUUAAGUUUCAGUUUUGUAAAUUGCUCAGUUCCAAAAUUGCUCUGUUGAAGACAUGGCCAGCUUUUCUUAAAUUCAUACUUUCUUCCCCACUUCUGUAAUGUACUUGUAAGGGAAAGUGACAUCAAGAACUUAAAAAAACAACAACUCUUUGUGUAAGUAAUUUUUCUUCUUAGUAGGGGUUCCCAUCAUCUUUAGAGAUACUAUCAUGUUGAAGUAUACCAUCAUUACUGAAGUAUCAAUACUGCAGUUGCAUACAUGUUUAAUUGGAUGAUUUUUGCCAGUGGGUCCUUCCACUCUGGCAUGCCAUUCAACACUUCCAUCUAUCAUUUUCAUUGUCUAAUUCUUCCAUCAUCCAUCACCUUCCCCAGACCUCAGAUGUGUUAAGAUUACAAUUAUCAUAUGAUAUUAGGGUGGGAGUAGUGAUUAAUAUAUUCAAUCUGGACCUCUUUGUUUAUGGUUAUAGAAGCUUGCUGAGUCAGUUGCUACCUCCCAGUCACCCUAUCAAGAAGAUAUGGGGAAAAUAAAGGGGAAAGUGUUAGGCCUUGGACAAUAUACAAGAUAUAGGACAAACUUCUCAGCAGACAAGACUAGAGAAGGUAUCCUGCGAGACAAUCUUCACUUAUGUAUCUACUGAUGCUCCCAGAAUAUAAAGAUUUGCAGUUUAUAAAGUGAGUGGAUGUAUUGAAUGUCAAGAGUAUAAGUACUGUAUCUUGCUUUCUACUCUUCUACCAUGUUGCAGAGCAUGGCAUUCCAGCUAUAAACGCCAGAGUCUCCUGAGCAAAGAUUAUAUAGUAAAGCCUUGGGGUUUCCUCCUUAAUUACUUAAUUAAUUAAAACUGAUUGUGGCAUAUGCCCUCAUAGACGAGACCCUUUGUUAAUUUACAAGGCUACAGUUACAAAAAUAUGUUGUAGUGCCAAAGCGAACUCACAAGGCACCAUGGAUAUUUUAAAUUUCUAAAGGAAGCAGCAACAUUUGACAGACUCUAUCAAUGUAAUUUAAAGUAUCCCAUAGUAUCCUUGUUAAUGUGCUGUUUGUUAAGCCAACGGUUCUGAAAUGGCACUAUGAGCCAAGAAAGUUUGGGAACUUCUGGUACAGUGUUAUUCUAAGGCCAAAACGAAUAUGCAUACAUAUAUGUUCACCUAGGUACAAGGACACAGCAGGAAAAUUAAAAACUGAUUAAAUGAUAAAAUGGCCAUAGCUUGUGAAUGUAUGACUUAACCAUAAUUUUAAUAAACGGAAACAUUUCCAUUACCAGUGUGUAAUUUUACUGUGGUGGUAGAUAACAAGCACAUAUAAAAGGUCAACACACUAGGUUAAGGAAGCUGAUAUACUAAGCCACAAUAAGUUUUAUUUGGUUGGCUUAUUCUGUGAAAAAAGAUGUAUGCUAUAUGAACUUGGCCAAUCUUGUAGGGUUAACUCUACAAAGCACUAACUUUCUAACAAAUAUGAAUCUUUUCUAAGGUGUGUGUGUUUGUGUGUGGGGAAAUCUGAAGAAAUUUCUGGGCCUAUUCCCUUUGUUAUUACUAUUCCUCUUGGUCCAAGUUCCUGGGGAGCCUUAUGGCCAGUGAAAGGUUGCCAUUCCUCAUACGCAUCAGCCUUUAUGUAAUACUUUUACAAGCUUUUUGGUAGAACAAAUUUCCCUAUCUUAAAAAAUGAGGUGGGAUACCUUUAAAAAAAUGCAUACUUCUAUUAUCAUAUACUACAUGUAUGUGUAUGUUUAGAUAUAUGAAGAUUGCUAUAAGUUUUAUGAUUGAAUUGUCUCUAUUUAACAUGACUAUGCAUGAAAUGAAAAACAGUAUGCACUUUUAUAUACAGAAAGCUUGGGAGGGGGAAAAUUUUGGAAAUAUAAAGUUUAUAGUAUAUUAAAAAGAAUUUGUAAUGACUCAGUAUGAAUUAAGAUGGAGAGUUAAAUAUGUUCUUUACUAAUCAUUCUGGAAGUUAAGUAUUUGUGUUUAGUGAUUUAUGAUAGUCCCAGAGAUAUGAUUAUAAAACUCUGAUUUCUCCCAGAUAUAAAAUUGCUUUCUGCAAUCUAGAAAAAGUUUAAUUCUGCACAAUCUUUACAAAUCUUGAUUUUCUUGAGCAAUGAUCAAUUGGCAUCUUACUAGUGGAGUUGUAUAGAAGUUACAUAAGGUCAUUUUGACUUAAUCAGUACACAACUUACAAUAUGAGUUUUACGUAUUGAGAAAAAACAGUAAAUUGUGGCAGUCAUGUGACUGGACCCAAUUUUUCAAUGUUUUUUGCUGCAGUCAUUAAGUAAAUAGCGCUAUUGUUAAGUGAAUCAUAUUUUUUUUCCAAUGGGUUAUUUUUACGUGAAACUGGAAAUGCCAGAAACUGGCAAAAAUAUCACAAUUGCGGUCGUGUGACUGCAGGAUGCUACAAAAGCUGUAAAAGUAAACUGGCUGCCAAAUGGACAAAAUUCAUUUAAUUGACCAUAUCGAGGGGCAGAGUUGUGGCCAUUACAAUUUGGAAAAAAAAGGGCCUCAGUAAUUUUUUGGGGGAAAUCCGUCAUAACUUAAAUGCAAAGUCAUUAUGCAACAAGUUAUAAAUCGAGGACUACCUGCAUAUAAAGUAUCCAUGAAGCUACCACUGGCAAUAGAAUUUUCGAACAGAUUCUGACCAAUGAGAGGUGCCCUUGAAAUUAACAGAAAAUACACAGAUAGAACAGUCCCAAUAGAAAAUAUAUAAAAGACCAAAGAAACUUUAUGAUGUUUUGUUAACAUUAUUGGAAAGAUUGUCUGUGCCACAUAGGGGUUUUCUAGUUUGUAACUAAUAUGGUACUGCUAUUCUGCAUGGCAGGUGCACCUCUGAUGCGGUGGUAUGGAUAAUCUUCCAUCCAACAGGAAAGUCCAGUGAAUAGAAAGUAGAGCUAGGAAUAGCAUUUCUAAUACCCUUUAAGGAUCGCACAGGAGGUAAAACAUUAAGCAAGGGAUUUUGUAAACUUCAGAAUAUGAAUGAGACCAUCCAGAUGUUGAGACCAAGAGCCAGUGUUUCAUGCUUCAAUGGGAAAAACAGACUUAGACAUAUUUCCCCCGUCAUUAUUUUAGAACACUACUGCCCUCCUUUUUCCCAUGGCCACCCAAGUCUCAACCAAAUGAACAAAACUCUGCUUCAGGCAUUUGAUUUUUGCAAAGAAAAGUGUUUUUUUGUCAUUUUGUUGUGUACACAGUAUACAAUGUGAGUUUUACAUAUUGAGAGAAAAAAAACGUCUGACACUAAUAAUAAACAAUAAAAAUAUAUAGGAACAUCCAAUAAUACAGAACACAAAUCCCAUAUCUCAGAACAAUACCCUUGAGGCGCGAACAAGAUACACAGAAAUACACGUCGUAAAAAAGGGGGGCCUUUCAAGAUCCAAAUAUAAGGGUAGGUGGCGGAGGAGGAAAGUCUCUUUUUGUCACAGGAAAUUGAGCUGUACAUGUCUGUGUGUGUUCGUGUGUAUGUGUGUUGCACUUGUCCUUGAUCAACUCAGAGUUGGGACUGUCCAAUUUUGAGAGUUCAGGUUUGGCUACUCUUGUCCCUCCAACUGGGAGCGAUGGUUUAGGUUCUGCAUGGAAUUGAUGGUGCAAGUGUUUUGUCCCAAGAAGUGCCAAGGCUCUAGGCCCCUCUAAAAUUAACCCUGUAAUAUGAAAGAUCCCCCCAACUCUAUUCUCUCAUUUCCCCAAACCCCUGUUCAGCUAACCCCAUUCCCACACUCGGCUAUCUGUCACAAUCCAUCACUUCUAAGGCCCACAGCUACCAAUAACCUGGUCUAUCAGGAAAAGAUGGCUUUUUUUUAAUUAAAAAAAAACCUGAAUUGC